GAUUACAAUUUUAGCUGAACUACAACGUUAUUGGAAACCAUAGAAGUCUUCCGAGGUACGUUUAGAUUUUUCUGACUCAGGAAAAGUCGAGGCGUCACGGUGACUCGCCUCUACAAUUUACGCGUGAUCAGUUCUCAAAUCUCCAAGAUCCGGUUAAUUAAUAAUUGCUUCCGCCGGAGAAGGGGACUUUUUCUUGACCCGAACAGCACUAGUAUACUCAAGUUGUUGUUCGAUUGCGCCAUGAUGAAUCUUAGGUUAUCCUCCCUCAAGUGCUGUACUAUCAAUUUUCCGGGAAACACGACAAGUAAUGUCCAAGGAGCUUACCCGUUCACCAAUCCGUCAAGAUUUCAUUGGCCUCGAGAAGGCCAAGCAACAUCACGUACAGCGCAGUCUUUGGCGCUCCAUCUUCAUCAUCGCGACAUGCACCGCUGCAAUGGUGGUCAACGUCACUAAUACCAGUUCUGUCUCUAUCUCCCUCCCGACUAUCGAAAAGGACCUCAAUAUCAAGGAAGAGCAGCUGCAGUGGCUCGUAUCGGCCUAUUCCCUCAGUUCGGGUUGCUUUCUCUUGUUCUUUGGCAGGUUGGCGGAUAUCUAUGGUCGGAAGAAAGCCUUCAUGAUCGGUACUUGCUCUCAAGUCGCAUUUUCUCUCGGUUGUGGUUUUGCACAGAGUGGUACUACCCUCGUCAUUUUGCGUGCCUUCCAAGGCACGGGUGCCGCCGCUACAAUACCGUCCGCACUCGGUAUCCUGGCCCACGCUUUCCCUCCGUCUAGAAUGCGUUCAAUAGCUUUCGCGACAUUUGCAGCGGGCGCUCCUGUGGGCGGCGCAUUUGGCAUGAUCAUCGGCGGUGUUCUCACACAGAUAACAUCGACCCACUGGCGCUCUCCAUUUUAUUUGGUUGCAGCGAUGUCUGCUCUCACGGGUAUUUCUGGUGUGAUUUCAUUUGAUGCGGAUGUUACUUCAGAGGAAGCUGUCGACUGGAUCGGUGUUUCCCUCAUCACCGUCGGUUUGGUUCUAAUUUUAUUUGUACUUGGUCAAGGAGAAGUUGCUCCUCAGGGCUGGAAAACUCCAUACAUUAUUACUCUUCUAAUUAUCGGGAUUAUCAUGGUUUUGCUGUUCCUUCUUUGGGAGCGACACUUGGAGCAAGGUACAGAUGAUCCAUCCAGAGCACCGUCCGCAUGGAGACCACCGCCAUUGAUGAGUCUUUCCCUUUGGACGCGAGCGAAGGGCCGGAUGGCUGUCAUUCUCGUCAUUGCAUUCCUGAAUUGGAGUGGUUUCAUGAGCUGGAGCUUCUGGGUUCAGUUGUACUAUCAGGACUACCUUUUGCUCACACCUAUAGAAACUAUGCUCCGGUUCAUUCCAAUGUUCGUCGUGGGCUGUUUGUGCAAUGUCUUGGUUGCAAUGUUUGUUGGCAAAUUGCCUUUGAUCAUCUUUGCAGUAAGCGGAACACUAUUGACAGCAUCUGCCGCCAUCCUGUUUGCGCUGAUCGACCCAACCGUGACGUAUUGGGCAUUUGGUUUCCCGUCCGCGGUUCUUGUCGUGUUCGGAGCUGAUUUUGUGUACUCUUCUGGUACAAUUUUCAUCGCCAAAAUUGCACUCCCUCACGAGCGCAGCGUGGCUGGAGCUAUGUUUCAAACUAUGGCACAGCUCGGCAUUGCAGUCGGACUUGCCGUAUCUACGCUUGUGUUCAACAUCGUGGUUAAAAACGAGUCUGCUGACCUUGGUGUUACCCUCAACUCUGCUAGCACCAACGCGCCCCGUUCCGCGCAGCUUAAAGGUUAUAGGUCUGCGCAAUGGACUUGCGCUUCAUUUGCGCUUAUGGGUGAGUACUGCAAAUUCGGCCUGAUUUGAGAGUGCGUUAUUGACGGAUUCGUAUCGUCACGAUGAAUAGCUUCGCUACUAGCAGUACUUUUCCUUCACAGUGUCGGAAUUGUUGGAGACAGGAAAACUCUCCAGCAUGCUGACAGUGAUAAGACAAUAGCCGUGCGGUCCAAGUCUGA